ACGUGCCAGGCCACCGCACCCAACCCAACUGAACCCCCAACCCAAGCAACCAUCAUCCCCUCCACCCUUCCAUAAUAUCUUCUCCUCUCUCUCUCUCUCUCUCUCUCUCUCUCUCUCUACACACUUCUUUACAGUCCAAAAUGGCCCGCCUCCUCACUCAAACUCUGCAACUCCGCCACUCUCUCCUGCACCGCCCUCGGGUCCCGCCCUCCCUGACCCAGGCCCAUCGGGCCCGCUCGACCCGAUCCGGCAAGGGCCAGUUGAUCGAGAUCGACCUUGACCCGUCCACCUCCUCGUCGUCGUCGUCAUCGCCGGCGAGUGAUUCGGAGAAAUUAAUGCUAAAGAAGCUAGACGACAUCGUUCAGACCAUCCUCGUCCAGAGGGCCACUCCCGAUUGGCUCCCCUUCGUUCCUGGCUCCUCGUUCUGGGUCCCACCUCGACUCGCCCCUUUGAAAGUGACUGACUUGGUUGGCAAAUUGGCUGACCAACUCACAGAUGAAGAGUCCCUCUCUAUUGCCACUGAUCGAGGAUGGCCUUGCUCUCAAUUCUUCGUUCAUGGGAGUGGAUCUACAGAAACAAGGGAGGUGGAUAUGGAGGCAGAAGGAUCAGCAGAAGUAGAGGUGGAGGUGGAGGUAAAGGUUUUGACUGAGUCACAGAAGCCAUCUCGCUGUGAGGAUGAUUAAGGAUUGCUCAUCUCUCUAGCAGCCUGGUUGCUUGGGUCUAGCAAUAGCUGAAUUGGAAUUCUGGCAUCCUGGUUAUGUAUCUGAGGCGUAAAAGUCGAGGAAGAUCAUUGCAAGUUCACUUCAAUCUCAAUUUGGUUGUAUUGUGGAGAUAAGAUCAAUCUUCUACCUUGUGCUUCUGAUUCAGAGUAUGCAGAAAUGAAGAAGCUUAUCCUCUAGGUUGUUCAGCUGUUCUGGAGUUGAUACAAGUGGGGCCAGAGCGGAACUCAAGGGUGUCUUUGGGUUUGGGUGGUGGAGAAGGUUGUGGAGGAGAGAUGAUAUAGUGUCAUAUGAAAUUGGUGUUUUGAAAUGGAGAAUUGUAGUGAAGAUGUUUUAUUCACUUGUAUGAAUAAAUUCGUCUUGCAUAAGUUGAAGCAUGAAUUUGGGGUGGGUUGGAUGAGUCAUGAGUUUGUGCAUGGUAUGGGUGGCAUUAAAGUAUUGUGAAAGUUAAUUUCAAGGGGAUAUUUAUGUUAGGAAAAUAAUGAAAAUUAUAAUUUUUAUUUA